ACCCCCUAGGCGCUGCACCCUAGGCACCGAGGCCCUCAGGGGCGUGGGGCCAUCGCGGGUCGCGGCCGCCCUUGGGGCGGGGCAGCCCCUGGCUGUGCCGCAGCCCCAGCCGCCGGGCGAUCUCCAAGCGGAGAUCUCCGAGCGCUCCUCCGCUCGGCCGCGGGCCAGGAGGGGAGGGUCCGGCCUUGCCCCGCAGGCGUCCAUUGGCAGCUUCCCCGGGCCUCCGCACCAUGCCGCGGGCCGUGUGAGCGGCCGCUGGCUCCGGAGUCCGCUGGUGCCCGCCGGCACGCCAGGGGAGGGGGCUCUGCGCUCACCAUGUUGCGAGGGCCCCGGGCCCUGGCUCCGGCCGCUGGGCCGCCCCUGAAGGGGCUGCCCGCGAUGAGCCCCACCGAACUGUGGCCGCCCGGCCUUGGCAGCCCCCAGCUCUGCCCGGUCACCACCACCACCUACUACACCUCGCUGUGCCCGCAGACUGUGCCUCCGGCCGCGGUGCCCGGCACCUGCCUCGACGCCACCCCCCACGGACCGGAGGGCCAAGCUGUGCGAUGCGUGCCGGCUGGCCGGUUGCCGGCCAAAAGGAAGCUGGACCUGGAGGGGAUCGGGAGGCCCGCGGUGCUGGAAUUCCAGACCCCCAAGGGGAAGCACAUUAGAGUGGAUGGCCUCCCCAGCCCUAAAACACCCAAGUCCCCCGGGGAGAAGACUCGGUAUGACACGUCACUGGGGCUGCUCACCAAGAAGUUCAUUUACCUCCUGAGCGAGUCCAAGGACGGGGUCCUGGACCUGAACUGGGCUGCCGAGGUGCUGGACGUGCAGAAGCGGCGCAUCUAUGACAUCACCAACGUGCUGGAGGGCAUCCAGCUCAUCCGCAAGAAGGCUAAGAACAACAUCCAGUGGGUAGGCAGGGGAAUAUUUGAAGACCCCACUGGGCCCAGGAAGCAGCAGCAGCUGGGGCAGGAGCUGCAGGAGCUGAUGAGCACGGAGCAGGCCUUGGACCAGCUCAUCCAGAGCUGCUCUCUGAACUUCAAGCAGCUGACCGAGGACAAGGCCAACAAGAAACUGGCCUAUGUGACUUACCAGGACAUCCGUGCGAUUGGCACCUUUAAGGAACAGACGGUGAUCGCCGUCAAGGCCCCUCCGCAGACCAGGCUGGAAGUGCCCGACAAGAGUGAGGAGAACCUGCAGAUAUACCUGAAGAGCACACAGGGGCCCAUCGAAGUCUACCUGUGCCCGGAGGAGAUGCAGGAACCAGACAGCCCUGCCAAGGAGCCCAUCCCCUCCACGUCCACCCUCAGCCCCAGCCCUGACUCUGCCCAGCCCAGCAGCAGCACCAACCCCUGCAUUCUGGAACCCACGGCCUCCCCAGGACCAUCGCUGACUUCCCAGCAGGACAGUGUCCUGCCCCCGCCGCUGCCAGCACCCCUUGUCCCGCUGGAGGCCACCGACAGCAUGCUGGAGCUGCCACACCCGCUCCUGCAGCAGACCGAGGACCAGUUCCUGUCCCCAGCCCUGACGGACGGCUCGCCUCUGAUCAGCCUCUCUCCGCCCUUGGACCAGGACGACUACCUGUGGGGCCUGGACGGGGGCGAGGGCAUCAGCGACCUGUUUGACUUCUAUGACUUCGGGGACCUGCUGAUUAACUGAGUGACCCUGCCCGCCCCCAGCACCCCGUCACUGUCUCUACCUCCUUGCGGACAGACUGACAGUCCCUCUGCCUGCACUGGGACACUGGCCACAAGGUGUUACCCUCUGAGCGUGGGGGUCUCCUCUCCUUUGUGCCCCUGCCCCCGCGCCAGCCGAGGUUGCCUGGGAGGGUCCUGGAGGGUGUGCCAGGGGUUGAGUCUGUCCCUCCUGGUGGAAGCUGGGCCCGAGAAGGCCCAGUUAGCCUUCUGACCUCCCACGUGAAGGGCCGCAGAUGAGGUGACCGGGUCUGGGGAGAGGCCUUGCCACGGCCCUCUGAGGGGUGAUUAGGGCCCUCCGUUUAUCGGAAAGCACUU